UCCAUAUUUGCAACAAAUUCAAUACUUCCCCUUGCUUAGAUCUUCAUCAUACUCACUAAAAAUUAUUCCUCCUUCGUUGUUUAACACUUUUAUGCAGAAAUUUGAUCGUAAUUGAGACAUCUUUCAUCCUCAUUCCUCUUUCUUCUGCGUGUUGUACUGCUCAAAGCUUGAAGAUUAGGAAGAACAUCGAUUCCAGAAUCAAUGGAAACCGAAACCCUAGACAUUUCUGCUACUAAUUUUACUUCAUCAUGGCCGAUCAUUCAUGGUUCUCUCGAAGAUUCUAUCACUUCCGAGUCCUCCAUUUCUGCCGUUGAUUCUAUUUCCGAUUCUGAUCCUGCGCUUAAACCCCCUCUUAUUCUGCGCCGUCCUUCACCGGAUUCUGGCCCCUGCGAGAUCACAAUUUCUUUUACCCAGCAACAUGAAAUCAAGCAGGUAUAUGUUCGUAGCACUGCUAGAGUCUAUGAAAUAUACUAUUCUGCUGAUGAGAAGGGUGAAAAUGAGUACCUAUGUACAGUUCGUUGUGGGGUUGCUGCUAAAAGUGAAGAGCUACUGCAAGAGACUAAUGGUGUAGGAUCAUUGUCUUCAAGUUCUUGUAGCCCCAAUAGUAGUUCUUGUGAUGGGCAUUUAAGAUCUGAGAGUGGAGGCAGUACCAACGAAGAUGACUGGGUGGAUGUGAAAGUGCGAAAUUCUUCUAUGCUUGAUGAAGGCACAUCUCUGUCAAAAAAAGAUGACAGCUGCAUGGAACGGGGCAAUCAGGUAAUACUGUAGAUCUGUUUAACUGAUUGAUCAA